AUGCCUAAGCGUGGGACAAGACCAGGGGAUAACGGUUUGCGCGAUCUGGUACUCCCCUACGGCAUUGUGACAGAGGAUUCCUGCUAUAACAUACUUGAGCAGUGGUACCGCAGAGAAGCGGAGCCGUCUGACCAGGACAACCUCGUUCUUGCCAACCCGGCGCAAGAGGCACAGGCGGAGGAGGGGGAUAAUGACGAGGGGAACGAAAAGGACGGAGCUAGUGACCGAAGCACAGAAUUGAAUGAUACAGAAAGCCAUUCGUUUUCCAGCUGCGGCUCUGGCUCUGCGUCCCAGUCAGACAACGACUCUGAUGGAGGGAAUCCUCCUAGUCAAUCGGGAGGACAUGGCAAAACGAGAGAAGCCGGGAUGGAAAGCCCAACCAGAUCCCACUCCACGAUCGUCAGCAUUACUAUUGACCUUACAGGUGACGACGGUGAUGAUGAUGAGAACGACGACAGUUCCGCUGCUGAUUCCCAGAGUCGGGCAUCUGGUACCCCAGUGCAAUCCAACGGAACUCGUGAGAGUCAACGCCGUCCGAAUACUUUGGGGACGGGCAGACUAAACCCAUCCGGUCGCACGACAAGUCGGACUCCGAUCGGCCUAGGGGAGCAUUAUUGCGACUGGGCCGCGAACGCAACCAACGACUUGGUAAGCGUCGCCAUUCAGGGCCUCGCCACUUCGAACACCACGCAGAGAGUCGGCGCCGAGUCCCACGAAAGAGGACCAGCAACCGCCGGGUUUGACUCCAGUCUUGCACUGUCUGGGCGGCCCACCCAAGCGAGUCCCUUUGUGCGAGAACCCUCCGGAGCGUCCAGGACCUCGGGAAGCGAGUUGUUCGUCUCCGGUUUCAGACCUCUGGAGAGAUCCAUCCGAACAUCUCCCAGCGGAUCGGUUGCCGGAUCAACUCGGGCGCCUUCCCUUACCCUGAGCAACAUCCCGGAGAUCAACGAUCGGACUGAGGCUGCCUACAUGUACAGCAUGCGGCCCCCACCCCGUCCGUGGAAGCACUUCAGUGAGGAGAGCUCCGAUGGCGAAGAGGCUCCUUUUAAGCGACAGCGCCGGGGGUAA